CAGACCUGUGCGCAUCAGUGGAACGCCUGCUCUCUGAUAACAAGGGCAGAUCUGUGAUGUAUUGAUCUGGGGAGACAGUCUAAUGGAGGCGUGGAUCGAAGCAGAGGUUGCAGCACAUUUGGCUGUAUGGAAAAGGUAGACAAACCGUAGGGGUGAUCCACUGUUCCUAUCUCAGCGUAUGGAGGAGUCUUCUUUAGCUGGAGACAGAUUCAGGAGUGAAUGCACUUCAGCCACUCUCAGUAUGAGUCCACCUCUCCUUGUUAACAUCUCUGUGGAGUGGCUCUCCAUAAUGAAAAACAGACACAUGGAUCUGUUCCUCAUCCCUACUGUUCUACUAACGUCUUGCACAAUGCUGGUCAACCCUGUACUGUUUCUCGGCAUCCUGUGUUUUCCUUCACUACGUCAGGAGACCCGCUACCUGCUCCUUGCUAACACGCUCUUCGCUGACAUGCUCUUCCUCACCAUAAACCUCGCAGUUGUGUCCUGCAACAAAGUGGGCAUGUUCUUGCCCCACAUGCUGUGCGAGUUUAUGAUGGUAAGCACGGUAACCACAUACAGCUGUUCCGUGCUCACCCUCACACUGAUGGUCAUCGACACAUAUGUGGCGGUACGCUGGCCGCUACGUUACAAUGAGAUUCUCCCAGCAUCCCGGGCCAGGAAGAUAAUAAUAAGCUUAUGGGUUGUGGCAUCAUUGUGCCCAGUUUCUCUUCUUGUAAUGUUUGAGUUGGUGAUGGAAAACAGCCAACAAAAGCGGCCGGUGUGUUUGGUGUUGAUUGCGUUGUUCUCAUUGGAUCAGAAGAUGAAGAUUGGCGUUCAUUUGUACUUCAUCUUUGCCGUUAGCCUCUGCACUGCUCUCAUUGUGUACUGUUACAUUCGUCUCUACAUCAUAACAAAGACUUCGGGGAUAUGGCGUAGUCGGUACUCCCGAGCACGGAUGACACUCCUGGCUCACACUCUGUUGCUCAUGAUGUAUUUCAUUCCUGCACUGGUCUUUGCAGUUGAGCUGGCUCUUUUAAAGCAAGAUGCUACUCUGAGUGAUGUAGGAGUGUGGAUUGACUUGGUGAACAUGUGCGUGCUUAUGUUGCUGCCACGCUCUUUCACUCCUUACCUGUACAUCCUGCGCUAUCGUGAGAUUUACAAGACUCUUCAGCAGGUGUUGUGGAAAAAGAGACGUCUCAGCCAGAUCAGUGCAGCCUAGUCGAGCUGACUUGAGGCAAGAGGCUUGCAAAGCCACCUAGCGUUCCUCUAGAAAUUUGAGGAUGAUUGGGCAAAAAGUGGAUUUAAAAACAACACACGUCUCCACCCAGAAAGUGACAAUAUUAUAUGACUGACUUAUGACUAUACAUAUUCAUAUGUUAUACUAUUUUUCGAUGAAUGCAUUUUACUGUUAACAUGAAGGUAAUGAAGGCACCGCUCUGGAAUGGAUGCAUUGAAUCUUAUAUUAAUCAGAAUCAGAAUGAGCUUUAUUGCCAAGUAUGCUUACACAUACAAGGAAUUUGUCUUGGUGACAGGAGCUUCCAGUGUACAACAAUACAAAAACAAUACAAAAACAGUAGCAAGACGUAGAUAAUAAUAAAAAAUAAAAAAUAAUUAUACACAUACAUACAGACACACACAUACAUACAUACACAUGGGUAGUGCAAAUCUAAUACAAUCUGUUAUGUACAGUGUAAAUACAAAUCUGUUAUGUACAGUGCAAAUGUUUUUUUUUUGUUUUUUUUUCCCAGAGGAAUGAAAUGGCAGAAGAGGCUGGAUGUAUUGGAUAAAUAUAAGAAAGACUAAACUGUGUAUUGCACAUAGUUAUUGCUCAAUGGGGCAAUUUAACUGUUCAUAAGAUGGAUAGCC